AUGAAUACAUCGAAAAAUAUAAAAGCAAUUGACAAGGAAGCUGUACACCGCAUUUGCUCAGGGCAGGUGGUAUUAAAUUUAGCUGUGGCAGUUAAGGAACUAGUUGAAAAUAGUUUGGAUGCAGGCGCCACUGUCAUUGAUGUGAGACUCAAGGAGUAUGGCAGUGAGUUGAUCGAAGUUACAGACAAUGGCAGUGGUGUGGAGCCAGACAAUUUUCAAGGAUUAACUCUCAAACAUCACACAUCAAAACUGCAAGACUUUUCGGACCUUGUGUCAGUGGAAACUUUCGGUUUCCGAGGAGAAGCUCUGAGCUCCCUCUGCUCUCUGAGUGACCUCACAGUGACUACAAGGCACACCUCUAGUGACUGCGGCUCCAGAUUGCAGUACGACCACAAUGGUCUGAUCACCUUGUGUACCUCUGUCGCUCGGCAGGUGGGAACAACUGUAACCUUAGAGAACAUCUUCAGCACACUGCCAGUGCGUCACAAGGAGUUUCUGAGGCAUCUGAAGAGAGAGUUUGUCAAAAUGACACAACUGCUCUACGCAUAUUGUCUUGUAUCUACUGGGGUCAAAAUCACUUGCACAAAUCACACCAAGAAAGGUGGAAAAAUGACGGUGGUCGCUACUCAAGGGUGCAAGACAGUUCGUGAAAACAUUGCUUGCGUAUUUGGAACAAAACAGUUGUCCAGCCUGUUAGAGCUGAAAACAGUCACUCCAACUGAAGAGAUAUUGGAGCAACAUAAUUUGAAGUACCUGGAUAUGAAGGUAGAAGAUGUGUUUCAACUAGAAGGUUUAGUCUCCAGUUGUGCCCACGGUCUCGGCCGGUCUACAAAUGAUAGACAGUUCUACUACGUCAACUCCCGGCCUUGUGAGCCCACAAAGGUAGUUAAAGCAGUGAAUGAAGUUUUCCACCAAUACAACCUUCAUCAGCAGCCGUUUGUGUUUCUGAACGUGAGCAGUGCCCGAGACUCUGUGGACGUCAACGUGACGCCGGACAAACGACAAGUGUUUCUAGAACACGAGAAACUUCUCCUAGCGACUGUCAAGGCAUCUCUUCAAGUGUUAUAUGAGAACAUUCCUUCAACCUAUACAGUAAACAACAUUCAGACCUCAGUAAGGAAACAAGUCUCCCCGCAGAAAAUAAGUUCACCCGUUAACAGUCCAGCUUCUGUGCUGAGCCAGUUUAGGCAUGCUUCGGCUGGGAAACGGCAAAGUAUAGACCCACCUAACCCAAAACAAGCAAAACAAGUUAAAUUGGACUCAAUUUUUGCCAAGCAAACUCCAACCAUUGAGAGUUUUGCAAAGACGAGUCUUGACAUCGUGGAUCAGAGCAUUGAAUCAAGUCAAAACUCAGCCAGUUGCAUGGGAAAAAGCAGUGUUAUCAAUGUGGAAGACAACACGAUUUGUGAAAUAAGUGAACGCACUUCAACACUGAUCAGGGAAAACACUCUAGUUGAUUCAUGCGAAGAAGUAUCAAAUUGUGAAACAUCGUGUAAAAUUGAAGUUUUAUCGAAAAGUUUUGAAAGUAGAACUAACUCUCAAAGUUCAAAUUUGAGUCAGAUCUCAGAUCCUGGCAGUAAUGUUGAGGAAACUUGCAUGGAUAAGUCAAAUGUGCCGGACAUUGAGUCUGGUGUGUCGAGCCAAUCGUCAAGUGAGUUGACAACUUCAUCAGUAACAGUAGAAUCUAUAAGUAAAUCACCUGAUGCUGGAAUUGACAACGAUGUAAUAUUUAGUUCUUUGGAAAAUGUUUGUGAUGAAAGAACUGACAGUAAAAGUGUGAUUGUGGAAUUUGACUCUCAAAUCGGAAGUGGUGAUCACAGAAGAAGUGUUGAGGUUGACGUGUCGAUUGGAAAAAUAUCGGAAUACUUCCGACAGGCUUGUGCGACGGAGAAUGCGGCCGAAGAAAAACAGGUUAGGUUCAGAGCUGUAAUUGAUCCUUCAAAGAACAAACAGGCUGAACAAGAGCUGAGUCGAGAGAUUUCCAAGGGUAUGUUUGCAAAGAUGGAUGUAAUCGGACAGUUCAACUUGGGUUUUAUCAUCGCGAGACUCGGCUCUGACCUGUUUAUUGUAGAUCAACACGCUACAGACGAGAAGUACAACUUUGAAACAUUGCAGCGGACGGAAAUCAUCUUAAACCAGAAACUGGUUGUGCCUCAAAAGUUGGAAUUGACAGCUGUGAAUGAAGCAGUGCUAAUCGAUAACAUUGACGUUUUUAAGAGAAACGGAUUUGAAUUUAUAAUUGAUGAGAACGCACAAACUACAUCAAAAGUGAAACUUGCUUCUGUACCAAUGAGCCGCAACUGGACAUUCGGUAAAGAAGAUGUUGACGAACUAUUGUUCAUGCUUCAGGACGCGCCAGGUACACUGUGUCGACCGUCGCGUGUGAGAGCCAUGUUUGCGUCACGCGCGUGUCGCAAGUCCGUCAUGAUCGGCUCGGCACUCAGCCACGCGGAGAUGAAGCGGCUGUUGGUUCAUAUGGGGGAGAUUGAACAACCUUGGAACUGUCCUCAUGGCAGACCGACCAUGCGCCACCUAAUUAAUUUGGACUUUGUAUAGUUUAUUGUUAAUGUUGGAGUGACUAGAAGAUAUAAAAACUGUUCUAGGGUUUUGUCAAGAACAUCAUUCAUGUUCUUAUAUCAUGAGCAACCUAGCUUAGAAGUGUUUGCAGACUUUAAAGUGGUAAUUUUGACACUGAGUAAACAUAGGAAGACUUUCUCUAAUAUAGGCAGUUUAUGAUUCCUGGAGAGUUAUAAACUUUGUAAAAGUUUCCAAUGAUGACUGUCCAAUAUCAAGCUUUACUCACAUUUAGCCCUGCCAAACACAUUUUAAUAUAAGGCCAAUAUUUGACAAUAAUUGAUAGUGUUUAAUGCCACCAAGCUCAUUUAUUGUAUAAAAAAACUAGUAAAUUUAUCAUCCUGCUGAAGACUGUAAGGCUUAGUCAACAAGUUUCAGUUGUUAAUUGUCUAGUUUAUAACUCUGUAUUUUUAUACCUGUUAUUUUGUAUACUACUCAUAAUUUACGUAAUUUUUAUACAUUAACUGUGUAAUUUUAUAAAUAAACUAGCUGACCCGGCGAACUUCGUAUCGCCUAAGUUAUAGGUUUCCCCUAAGACAGACCGAUGGAAAACCCGGCAGACGUUGUCUGUUGUCUUGCCUUUGACUAUUUUUAAUUUAAGUACCGUUACGUUUAAUUUUCAAGAUGAUCUCGUUCGCAUCGCUCAACCACGUCCUGGUUGAAGUUCGUUCGCUACGCUCACUCACCUUUGGGUUGGAGCUCGUUCGCUACGCUCACUCACCUUUAGGUUGGAGCUCGUUCGCUGCGCUCACUUGCCUUCAGGUUAGAUGUUCGCAUCGCUCAAUCACGUCCUGGUUGAAGUUCGUUCGCUACGCUCACUCACCUUUGGGUUGGAGCUCG